AUGUUACGGGAACGUUUGUUUCGCUUCGUGUUGAAAAUUUCUUAUUACAAUUCGCUCGUAGUGGGUUUGCUUCCAGCUCCGCUGGAUGGGAAAACUCUUGAGUUUCGAGUCACACGUCUUUAUCUCGUACACAGCGCUUUCAUACAUAUUUUUUGUCUACUCGCCACAACCUACGCGGGCUACUACUAUUUCAGUCGUGACUUCUUGACAAACGAUCCAAUAUUGCAGUGGACCUACAGUCUUACACAUGUGACGAAGAAUCUCUUCAUGGUGGUGCUUGUCAAGGAGAUAUGGUGCAAAAGAGAAGACAUAAAGUCGGUGUAUGUGGUUUAUCGUGCGCUAGAAACUCGGCUUAAAGCAUUCACAGAAGCUGCAAAUGGACGGAUUAACGUGAAUGUCGAGGAAAGGAAUGAACUACACAGAACAACAAUUGAGCACCGCGUCGAAAAUCUCAUUAUUUUCAAAUUUUGUCUCGCUUAUGUUCUAGUAACAAUGAAUGUUUAUAGUUUCUUGUCUCAACACCCGGGCACUGAUGGUCGCUACAUGCCGAUCACACUUAUCUCAUUUGCGUUGCACACUUUUGUUAUAACCGUCUCGGGAAAUUUCUUCUAUAUAUACAGUCAACUUUACAGACAGUUUUCGCAGAUAAAUUCACAGCUAAAAUCACUUUUCGUACAACUACAUGGUCAAAUGUCACGCAGACGCGUUGGUGCAGAGUUUGCCAGCCAUAUCAACAAUCUGGCUAUGCUACAUCUCACUGGUUACCGUCUGACGCAACGCAUAUUCCAAAUCGGCGAGCUAACAUUGGCUGCCUUGCUACUGCGCCUAUUUACAACCAAUAUGCGUGCGGUAUAUGGAGUUUGUCUCCUCCUCAGCCAGAAUCAGACAAAGAAUUUGUGGUUGCAGGCCAACGAACUGUUCUUCACGGCGGUCUUCUUUGGCGAUACGGCAAUGAUGAUGGGUAUGCUGGAUGCGAUGCUAACAAAAUGCAAUCGUACCGGACAGUUAUUGCGAGAACAUGCCGGACUCGUUGACACCUGUGAGAGCAAUAGCUUGAGGAAAGCGUUGGACACAUUUGCCUCACAACUGAGUUGUCACAAACUUCGCUACAUGCUAUGUGGUCUCUUCGAGUUCAAUAAAGAAGCUACGCUGCAAUUCUUUUUGAUGGUAUUGGUGAAGACGUCCGUGCUGGUGCAAUUUGAUAUGCAAAAUAAGUUAAGAAUAAAUAAAAAUUAA